UCAGAUCCCUUUCUACCUCAGACUUGUACAUCUGAAAAACAAUGGGCAUCUUAGAAGUCCUUUUUCCCUUCUUCGUCUUUCCUGUCAUAUAUGCUGCCUCAAAUGAUUGCCAAUUUUCUCUCUGUGGCAACAAUAGUAUCCUUAUUCGUUUCCCCUUUCAACUAGAAGGUGAUCGAAAUCCUUAUUGUGGCUAUCCUGGUUUCAACUUAACUUGUACGAAUAGUAGCAAAACAGUGCUAAAAUUUCCAUACUCUCGUGGCGCAUUCUAUGUGCGCAGCAUCAACUACCUCACACAAAAGAUACAAGUCUACGACCCUGAUGAUUGCCUACCCAAACGUCUUCUGAGCCUCAAUAUCUCAGGUUCUCCUUUUAUCCCCACUUUUACUCGUGACUACACCUUCUUAAGCUGUCCAUUUCAGAACGCAGGGUCACAAUUCAUUCCCAUAGACUGCCUCAGUAAUUCCACAAGUUUUGUAUCAGCUAUCCCUACACUGAGCUUGAUCAAUCCAUUGAAUGAGUCUUGCUAUGUUAUUACAAGGGUUUCAGUCCCAGUUUCAGGGCCAGAGCAGCAGUAUGAGAAGAAUUUCAGAGAUGAGCUUAUUGAAGAUCUUCGAUUAACGUGGGAUACACCUGACUGCAAAUAUUGCGAAUCGCGACAGCAAUUGUGUGGGUUUGAUCCAAAUAACAACGGUCAACUCUUCUGCUUCUCUGGUUACCAAACAGGUACUUCAAGACGUGGAACCCAAGUUUUCAGAAUCAUCACACUGUGCAUAGCUGGACCAGCAGCGGUCUUUGCAAUUGUGAUGGCAUGUUGUGUGUGCUACAAGGACAGACUAGCCAACAUUCGUAACAGUGCCAUUACAAGGUCUGCACCUGCAGCUACAAUAUCGCCGGAGCCACAAAUCACGACCACGGGUCUGGACGAGUCCACCAUCGAGUCUUACGAGAAGGUGGUGCUCGGAGAGAGUCGACGAGUUCCGGGACCCAACAACAAUGGAUGCUGUUGGAUAUGCUUGUCGGAGUACAACAGCAAAGAGACCAUAAGACUGAUUCCUGAAUGCAAACACUGCUUCCAUGCAGACUGCAUAGACGAGUGGCUUCGAAUAAACACCACAUGCCCAGUUUGCCGCAACUCUCCCUCCCCUUCUCCUAUUCAUGUUACGUCCAUUGACCCUUAAGUCAUCAAGGAUAAUUUCCUUUGGCAAAUCAUGUUCUAAGUACACUAGAUAUGUAUAUACAUUCAAUGUGAGACUUCAAACAAAACAAAAAAUGUGUAAGCUAAUUAUGAUUACGAGGAAACUUGUUUGAUUAAGUUUUUAGUCCUGACUA